AGUGAUGAACCCCACUACGUAAACUGUCUACUACAAGUUCACCAUCAUGCUCAGCAUACACUCUACUUCAAUAGACCUCGAGAGUGUGCCUACGGAAAUCAUGAUACAAGCUUUUGCAGAUCGUAUCCUCGUGCUUGUUACGCAGAUGGGGAAAGUUGGCAACUUGAUUCAAGCAUCUAUCCCUUCGACGACGCCGCUGCUGUCAUCUGAUGAUCUUGAUGAAGAUGGGGAUUCUCAGACUGCUGGACUCCCUGCGCCCCCAGCGGCCAUUCAAUUAACACCCCUACUUGGUGGUGCAUCCUCUGAACAUCUGCAAACGCUUCAUUCGUUAUACGCGGCGCAGAUUGCGACUAUCAUCUGGGUUGAAGAAGCAAAGAGAUCGAUGGGUGUAAACCGACGAAGUGUUGUGGUUGGAAUCGCGCUUCAAAAGUCCAGGGAUGCUGAUGAUGAGAGGAAGAUAUUCCUUGGGGUGAUGGAUCAUCUUUACCGUCUAGUGAAUCAAGCUGGUUAGAUGUUGAUAUGCAAUAUUGUUUCCAUCUCAGAUCAUGAUUGAUAGUAAUUUCCAUUUUUAUUCAUACAAUAGGGUUAGGGUUAGGACUACUUUAGAUCAAAAAAAGGAUGGCCUGCCCAGCCAGAGUGGCCGUGGCAGGACUGGAAAAUAUUGAGACGGUGCAUGAGCCGGAGCCCAUACAAACCGUAGUUACCCUCUGUAUGGACAGGGUCGCCGUGCUAUGAAGGGUCCCCACGGCCCACAAACCCAGGUACUUGAAGGAGCCUAUGCCAU